GCAUGCCUUGCUUCUCCACACCUCCCCUGGGCUGAAUUUUGCAGACGGGCAGUUGUGCGUAGUUCUAUAUUAAGCCCCAUCGUGCUAGGAUCAGCAGGUACCACUCGAGUAGCUGCCUGAGUCACUGCUCCUGGGAUGUCUGGGGACAUGGAGCAGUUGAAACAGCAGCUGCUGGUAUCGCAGUUUGUGUUGGCUGCGGGAUGUGCCACUGACCAGGCAGAGCAGCUACUGCGGGCAGCACACUGGCAGUACGAGACUGCCCUCAGCGCUUUCUUCCAGGAGUCAAACCAUCCGUACAUCCCGCACCACCAGAUGAUGGGUACUCCUGCCAACACGCCUGCCACCCCUCCUAACUUUCCUGAUGCCCUCGUCAUGUUUUCACGCCUGAAGGCUUCAGAUAGCGGCUACCUCUCUUCACUGGCUACGUCCCCUCCGCAUCAUCAAGGUGGGCUCGGAGCAAACUUCUCCCAGGACCCUCGGAAUCAGCAGACUGGCACGGGACUUUCCAGUCCAGAAGUGGCACACUGCUCUCAUGGAUCAGGAGGUGUAGACCCUAACUCCGGUGCGGAGGCUGAGAGAUGAGAUGACUGAGAAUUGGAGGUGCAGAAUAUGGCAUGUAAACGUUCUUCUGGGGCUAUAUUGCGAGACACCUGCAAAGUAUUGCUCCUUAGAGCGACAAGAGAUCUCAACAGAGCAAUACAGCAAUGGCAGAUUGCCGGAUUACCUCACGUGCCUGCAGAGCAUUGCACCAGCUAGUUCUGACAACUUUUGCAGAGCAUCGCUCCUCUACUAACACUGCAUUACUCUGUUGUGCAACAUCACCUUCCUCACCUGGUGGGAUUUUAGCCGUACCUCACUCUGCAAUGUAUCCUGACGCAGAGACCCUCCUGACCUCAGCACUUGUUAUACCCUAAGGUUUUCUGCACUGGUGUAGGAAUGUGUACCUGUGAGAUAUUUCUAAAACCGGAAUCCCCAGUUCCAUUAAUGUAUUUUUGUUUUAGUUUUUUUUUUUUUUUUUUGUAAACUUGUCAUCCAUCAAAAUAAAAAAGGAUGUCAUAACACAACUCUGUAUUGCAAUGCUGUCCAUUUGAAGGUCGGCAAAAUUAACAAGAAAAGGUUCCUUAUUUUAACAAGCGUCUUAUAAAAUCUGUAUUGUCAACCUGA